UAUUGUAGAACUGCUCGAUGUCUCGAAGCAUUCGGACAUCAUCGUUGGUGGCAAAGUUGAUAGCAACACCCUUCCUGCCGAAUCGCCCUCCACGACCGAUACGGUGGAUAUAGUUUUCACGGUUAUUUGGAAGGUCAUAGUUGAUGACGAGGGACACUUGUUGGACGUCGAUACCGCGAGCCAAAAGAUCGUCCACUUUACGCCUGCUGUUGCAGAAGAUGACUGCUUGAGUAAUGGUGACCGUCUCGUACAAGUCAGAGAGCGUAUCAAGUUUCCAUUCCUCCUUUUCGACAGCUGCGCUAUGUCAGAAAUUACACUCGAUAGGCUGUGGAACCAACUAACCGAUAUAGAACUGCUUGAUGCCUUCCAACGUGAGUUCGUCCCGCUUGACGAGGAUACGAAUGGGAUCACGCAUAAACUUCUUUGUUACUUCCAGGACAUCGGAGGGCAUGGUGGCAGAGAGCAAGACAACUUGUGUAUCUUGAGGGAGAUGCUGGAAGACUUCGUAGAUCUGAUCUUUGAAUCCACGCGAAAGCAUUUCGUCAGCCUCGUCAAGACAGAAGAUCUUGACGCUGUCGGUCUUCAGCGCUCGUCGAUUGAUCAUAUCAAAUACCCGACCAGGGUUUUUCCAUAUCGUCGCGCACAACAGUACCGCCAACGCAGGCCAUACAAUCGAUGUUCAUAUAGUCGCCCAAUGCAACAACAACUUUUUGGAUCUGUUGAGCAAGCUCACGA